AUGUCUGAAGCCCUCAUAGCUGAGACCCUUGCAGCAUACAUCCCAAGGCACGCAUCACGUCCUCCAUCACCAACACACUCCCUUGCGUCUGAGAUGGCGCAAAUAUUAAGAAAUCGCAUCAACCAAGUCGACAAUGACAUCACCGAAUUGAGGGGCGAUGUCCAUAACAUGAAAACCCAGAUCUCUGGGAAUAGCAACAAUAUUGCUCAUUUAGAUCGUAAUAUCACUAAGGUGGAAGAGAGAUUAAACAAGAAAUUAAACAAGAUUCUCCUCACACUCUCUCGACACGACAAGCCAAAGCCAUGCAUGGAAAUGGUGGGAAACCCACCCCCAAACCCAGCAACCGAUGGGGAUCCCAUUGUCAUCUCUGAACAGAUGAAAGAACCCACUGUUGAGGCACAAACACCCCAAGAGGUCCCCGUAGUCCCCAUCAGUCAAACAGGCCAACCAAUCAUUGGGGUCCCAGUACCUGAAGGGAUCCCCACUGCCACUGCCAUCGUCACAGAAGCGGAAAAUUCAUGCCUGUCCAUCGAGGUACAAGAACCCGACAGACAAUUUGUUCCCAUCUUUAGUGGAACUAAGCCACCUACCCCGUUGACAGCGACAGUGACCACUGACACCAAGGGGAAAGGUGGGGAAAUCGACCCAGGACAACUGGCUGGAUCGUUGACUGCAGGGGAGAGUGUAACUUUACCGCCUCAUUUCAGGCCAGGCUGUCAGGGAUGCAUCCGGGGUCGAGAGGGCCUGGCACUGAGGCCAUCACGGGGUGUGGAACGGGCGUGCGUACUGACAGGCCUGGUCCGGGACGAUGGUCCCUGGCCACUCAGACUGAAGUGGGAACUGUGA